AUGGAGUUUGAGAAGAACCUGCACCAGAGCGACAUCGUCACGUCGGCCUCGGGUGUCAUAGCGCUGCUGAACGAGGAAGAAGCGAGCUUGAAAAUUUUCGGGUUGGAAAAACUGAAUGCCAUUGUGGAUGUUUACUGGCCCGAGUUAGCAGAUUAUAUUUUUAAAAUAGAAGAACUAUGUGAGGACCAGAAUUUCGUUGGAAGAGAGUUGGCCAAUUUGGUGGCCAGUAAGGUUUAUUUCCAUUUGGAAAAAUACCCUGAAGCGUUGAAGUACGCCCUCUGUGCAGGCAAGCUGUUUAACAUAAACGAAAAAUCGCAAUAUGUCGAAACGAUGCUAGCGAAAUGUAUAGAGAAGUAUGUGGAAAUUCGGGAGAGGGACUAUGAGGGUCAACUCAUAAGCAGCAAUAAACAUAGUGGUACCCACCACAGCACUGUUCAUCAGGGAGAUGGAAGCAACAACGAGGUGAACGAUAGCAAUUACGUCGAUGGAGGUGCAUAUAACGACCACAUGGGUUCGGACAACACAUACAACAGAAGCAACUUCAACCUUUACAAUAACCAAGAAAGUAGUAACGGAAAAGUGGAAGCCGAUAUAGACAUUUUUAAGGAAGACCUAAGUAGCGAAAUUCACCAGAAGAUGGAAUUGUUCGUUGAUGAAAUGUUAGAAAUCUGCAUGCAAAAUAAUAGCGUGAAGGAAGCCUUAGGGGUAGCAUUAGACGCUAGAAGGUUAGAUAAAGUAGAAUAUAUAAUUCUAAACUGUCCUAAUAAGAUAGAAUUGUUACAACACUCCAUUGCAAAUGAAAGACAUAUUAAUACGACUAAAAAGUUCAGAAGUGAUUUCUUCAAAUUGCUAGUUAAAAUAUAUCUUUCCAUGGACCCAGAAGAAUUAAAAAGUGAAUACAUAAAUCUGUGCGAAUGUUUAUUCUACAUAAAUGACUAUAAAAAAGUUGCGGAAAUUUUACUAAGCUUGGUUAACGACUAUCAUCUGAUGGCAUAUCAGAUUUCCUUCGAAUUGGUAGAUUUGGAAAAUAGGACUUUUUUGAAAAAUAUUUUAAAACAGAUUAAGGAAAUUUUGAUACAGAAUAAGUCGUUUUACUAUGGGGAGCAGAGCUACUCAGGGGAGUCGAAGAAGCGGUCCAACCUCCACUUGGGUGGAGACUGUCCUGUGGAUGACGUUGCCAAGGGGGAGGAGGUUCCCAGCACAGUUCCCCAGCAGGAGGAGUCUUCCCCGGGGGAGGUGCAGGACGAGACGGAGAAGAAGAACGCUGAGGACGGGAGCGGUCAGGACGGGGGUGGCAACGGCGGUAACGAACAGGGCGACAGUGCUCCCAACGCGGCUAACGGGGUAAAUGCAGCCAACGGGAUCAACGCCCCGAACGGUAACAACCCCCCCAAUGGGAACAACCUGGUGAACGGCGAGGAGGAGAAGCAGAGGCUGUCAGAUGACAUCCUCAUGUAUAUAAGCGAAAACCACAAGCUCUACGAUAAAGUCAAAAAGCUGGUGUACAUAUUGACGGGGAAAGUUACCAUAAAUUUAUACAUGGAAUUUCUGCACCGAAAUAACCAUUCCGAUCUAAUUCUGUUGGAUAGUUACAAAAAUGUAGUCGAUUCUAGAAGUAGCAUCACUCACCAUGGGAUAGUGAUAGCACACGGGUUAAUGCAGACAGGCACCACGUGUGACGUGUUCCUGCGUUCCAACAUUGAGUGGUUAUCGAAGGCGAUAAAUUGGGCGAAAUUCUCCUCCACAGCGUCUCUCGGUGUGGUCUACAAAGGACAUGUGAACGAAUCAUUUAUCGUCCUCUCAUCACAUCUACCAUGUAAUGACGUGACGAGACAAAUUACAAAUAACAUGAACGUAGGCAUAUCCCCCAGUGGAGUGUACUCAGAGGGAGGAUCCCUAUAUGCCCUUGGGUUGAUACAUGCCAAUUAUAACACCAACGAUAAGAAGGUGAAAAACUUUCUACUAGCUCAGUUAAAGUUAAAUGUAAACGAUGAGGUGUUACAACAUGGUUGCUGUCUAGGGUUAGGGUUAGUGUGUAUGGGGGAAAAUGACGACGAACAAGUGUAUGAUGAGUUAAAGGGGGUCAUGUAUUCAGACUCAGCCGUAGCAGGGGAAAGUGCAGCAUAUGCAAUUGGCUUGCUAAAACUUGGAAGUGGUGAUGAGAAAUGUGUAGACGAAUUGCUAGCCUAUGCACAUGACACACAACAUGAAAAAAUAACACGCGCCUGUAGUAUCAGUUUAGGAUUUGUCAUGUUCCAAAAGGAAAAAGGGGCAGACGCUUUAAUUGAAGAGUUAAUUAACGAUAAGGAUGCCAUUAUACGGUACGGAGGGAUGUUUACCAUUGCUAUGGCGUACUGUGGUUUAUCUAGCUAUAAUAAACACAUAAUAAAAAGGCUACUUCAUUUCUCGGUGUCAGAUGUAAGUGACGAUGUUAGGAGAGCAGCUGUUAUAGCGUUAGGAUUUGUACUAUGUAAUAGUCCUUCGCAAGUGCCUAUGUUUUUAAAUCUCCUAAUUGAGAGUUAUAACCCACAUGUUCGUUACGGGGCCGCACUAGCAUUAGGUAUUGCUUGCGCUGCCUCAGGAAAUGAAGAAGCCAUUAACAUGCUUAUGCCAUUGCUAACGGAUACAACUGAUUUUGUCAGACAAAGUGCUUUCAUAUCGUUAGGACUAAUUUUCCAACAAUCGAAUGAACACGUAAAUCCAAAUUUUAAAAAAUUUAAAGACGAAAUUAUGCGCAUUUUAUCGGAUAAACAUGAAGAUAUUAUUGCGAAAUUUGGUGCAAUUGUAGGUGCUGGGUUGUUAGACAUAUGUGGAAGAAAUGCCAUUUCGACUUUCUUCACAAGAAGAGCAAAUAUUAUUAGACCACAGGCAGCUGUUGGUUUUUGCUUAUUUAGCCAACUGUGGUAUUGGUUUCCACUGAUCCACAUGAUUAGCUUGACUUUCCUUCCGACGUGCUUAAUUGGAUUAACGGAAGAUUUGAAGGUUCCCAAGAAUUUCUCUGUCCUGUCCACAUGCAAAAAUCAGACCUUUGAUUACCCCUCCUUUUUAAGCAAAGAAAAAACACAAGAGAAGAAGGAAACCGUCACGGCGGUUUUGUCCACCACUGCGAAAAGGAAAACACUAAAAUUGAAAAAGCAGAAAAGUGAGAACAAAUUGGCCAAGGAGAAAACUGCCCAGGAUGACAACAGCUCCGUUUUAUCAGAUGGAAAGUCCAUGAAGAACUUGGAGGUCCUGAGCACAGCUGCUACGGUGGGGCAAUCCAGUCACGUCUCCCAUGCGGAAAGCGUCGAGGGCAGUGCCAAUGACGAGACCACGAAUGAACAGGCCAACGAGACUAGCAACCUUUCCAACUUGCAGAAAAUGAAGAAGGCCGACACGAAGGGGAAGGUUUCCGCCAUCCAGUCCACCAACAACACGGUGGACAUGAAAAACCCUUGCAGAGUCAUCAAAAUGCAGGAAAAAUUCAUCGAAUAUCAGGCCAACAGCAGAUUUAAGCCCAUCCUUCCCUCGCGAAAAUCGGGCUUCAUCAUGCUUGUGGACACGACACCUUCGGAGCCAGCCGACUUCAUCGAAAUAAAUCUCGAGAAUACAGCGAAGGAGGCCCCCCCCUUUGAGCCCUUCGCGUGGAAAGAUGAAAAUUGAUUUACCCUGGCGUAGCGCACUUCGACGGGGGGGACUUAUAUUGGAUGCCCUUCCCCUUGGGGCACUUCCUCACGGCGUAAUUUAAC